AUGUCCCUGCUCUACCAACGGAAAGUGAACAAUUACGAACAGAGGAAGCAUGACUUGGUGCAUUCGUAUCUUGGACUCAGGGAGAAGUUUGCCCAGAUGGACGAUUCUAAUCAUAACUUGGAAAACACCUAUGAGAUUCUUCUCCAGUUGGAUGAAAUAUUGUAUGAGUACAGAGUUGUGAAAACUUAUCUUGAAAGCAGACAAGAAGACUUAUCACCCAACGACAACAUUUUGCUAGCAAGAAUGGACGCUUUGGCUAUUCGUCUUGAAAAACUGUUGCCCAUACCAGACAUCAUCUCACGAGUACAAGAACUAGCCAUACUAAGAAGACAGAUCUACGAGAAUGCUAAGGAAGCUUCAAAGAUUUUGAAUCUCCACGAGCUACUGGAUCCUCGUGCCAGCAGAUUCAUCGAAAGGUCCUCAGUAACAAGAAGACCCAAAGGUGCACCUCCAUUAGAAAAAUGGGAGGAAGCAACUUGGUCUAAGGAUCAUGCCAGGGUAGUAUUUGAUGCAGCCAGAUUAAGAAAAUCUACCGACGAAAGAGCCGAGUAUAUACGCCAAACAUUUGAAGGUAAGUUCGGUAUCGCCAUAAGUUCAAAGGCUGCGCACUAUCUCCUCUUGCACUACGGAUUUCGAGACACAGGUGUAAACUUAAAAAUCUUCCACUCCAUAAUGGACGAGGCAUUUGUAUUGAACCAACAUCUUCCAGCAUACCCAAGAGCAGCAGCCAUGCUGGAGUAUUUCAGACAGAAGGUCGGUGUAUCCAUCAACAAGAGCGAAUGCACUUACGUAGCCAAAUUCCGCGAAAUAAUGAUGAAAGUGUACCAUUCGCCUGAGGAGCCAGUGGAAAACUACAUCGAGUUCCAGAACCAGGCACCUUAUUUGAACGGAGAGAUGACCCACAUCAUCAACGACAAGAUCACCAUCAAAGAAAACACAAUCUAA